AUGAAGGAAUUCACUAUUUUAAAAAAAAUUGUAUACUUUUCGAUUUUUAUAUAUUUUUUUGAUCAUAAAAAAAAUGGUUUAUAUGAUGCAAAUGUAGAUGGAGUUCGAUAUUUUCAAAAAAAAUCAAUAAAUUUUAAAAAUAACAGAUUAUUAGAAUGUGCAAGCAGUAAUGAAUUUACUUCAAAUAUUGAGUAUUAUAAUGGUAAAAACGAUUUUGAUGAUGAAGAAAUAGAGGAUUAUCUAACAAAUAAUGGUUCAAAUAAAAGUAAUUACAAAUGUAAUAAUCAAUCACAUACUUUAAAAGGUGUAAAUGAUAGCACAACUGCUUUAAGUGAUGAGGGUACGGAUGCAGUGGCAUGUAUAUCAAAACAAAAGUAUAAUACAAGGAAUGAUGAACUAACAGUGCAAAACAUAUCUGAUAAUAGCGUAAACAAAAAUAAUUCAAAACAUAUACGAUUGGAAAAUAAAAAGCACACAUCAUUGAAAACUAGUAAUUUCUUGAACAUUGAUGAUCAUAAAUUUGAAGGGGAAUAUAAUAAAAUUACUUCAAAAAAAUGUGAUCGGAAACCAAAACAUGGUGGUAUACGUGCAAAAGUCUUAAAAUACGUAUAUAAGUUGGGGAAUUAA